AUGUCAGGCGGCUUCGCGAAAAAGUUGAAGAAUAAGCAGUCCCGUGUGUCAGUGCAAGGGCCCACGGCAGCACCAGAACACUCCAAGGAGGAGAAUGGCCAAGAGGAGCAGCACACGCAGAAGAAGCGCAAGCUGCAGGCGGGAGCGGCAGCUGUGCCUGCCGCCGCCGCCACCGCUGCAGUAGCCAAAGCAGCAGCGGGCGAUGAUGGUGAGCGGGACAACCAGCCUUCGCAGAAGAAGCAGAAGGGGCACGUUGGGCUGGAGGUGGAGCACCAAACCGCGACUGUCAGCGGCAUCAUGUCGUCUCAGACUUUUGACCAGUUGGACUUGGCGGAGUCCACCAAGCGGGGCAUUCAAGAGCUGGGAUUUGUAAACAUGACAGAGGUGCAGGCACGCACCAUCCCGCAGCUGCUGGUGGGCCGCGACGUGCUUGGAGCCGCCAAAACAGGGUCGGGCAAGACGCUCGCCUUCCUCAUACCAUGCGUGGAACUGCUUUACCGUGCCAAGUUCAUGCCGCGCAACGGGACCGGCGCUGUUGUCAUCCUGCCAACCCGCGAGCUGGCGCUGCAGAUCUACAACGUGGCGCGCGAUGUGAUGCAGCACCACACGCAAACACAUGGCUUGGUGAUGGGCGGUGCCAAUCGACGUGCCGAGGCCGAGAAGCUGGUCAAGGGCGUCAACCUGCUGGUCUCCACACCUGGCCGCCUGCUGGACCACCUGCAAAAUACCAAGGGCUUUGUGUACCGCAACCUGGCCUGCCUGGUGAUUGAUGAGGCGGAUCGCAUCUUGGAGAUUGGGUUCGAAGAGGAGAUGCGGCAGAUUGUCAAGAUCCUGCCCAAGGACCGCCAGACCAUGCUGUUCAGCGCGACACAAACUACAAAGGUUGAGGACCUGGCACGGUUGUCCUUUAAGCGCAAACCACUGUACGUCGGCAUAGACGACACUAAAGCCGUGGCCACCCGAGAGGGGCUGGAGCAGGGCUACUGCGUGGUGCCUGCCGACAAGCGUUUCCUGCUGCUUUUCACAUUUUUGAAGAAGAAUGCCAGCAAGAAGGUGAUGGUUUUCUUCAGCAGCUGUAACAGCGUCAAAUUCCAUAGCGAGCUCCUCAACUACAUUGACAUUCCCGUCAAGGCCAUCCACGGCAAGCAGAAGCAGGCGAAGCGCACCACCACGUUCUUUGAGUUUUGCCAGGCAGACAGUGGCAUCCUGUUGUGCACGGACGUGGCGGCACGCGGCUUGGACAUCCCCGCAGUAGACUGGAUCAUCCAGUACGAUCCACCUGAUGAUCCCAAAGAGUACAUCCACCGUGAGCUGAGUUUCCUCAAGUACCUCAAGGCGGCCAAGGUGCCCCUGAACGAGUACGAAUUCCCCACCAGCAAGCUGAGCAAUGUGCAGAGCCAGCUAGAGAAGUUGGUGGAGAAGAACUACUACCUGCACCAGAGCGCAAAGGAAGCUUUUAGGUCGUACAUUCUGGCCUACAACUCGCACCACCUCAAGGACACAUUCAACAUACACUCACUGGACCUCAAGGCCGUGGCCAGAAGUUUUGGCUUCUCCUCUCCGCCACGCGUGAACAUCAACCUAGAGAGCAAGGCCGCACACACGCGCAAGGCGCAGAAGGCAGGGCACGGCGCCGACUACCGGCGCAUGAAGUCGGGCCACAAGUUCAGCGCUUCAAACCCGUAUGGCAAGGUUCAGGAAGCAGACACGCGCCAAUUUGUGCGUGUGUGA